GGCGGGGGGCUGUCCCCUAGGCUGAGACCUUGGCUUCUUACCCCAAAUUGACUCCCUUCUUUCAGAAGGACGGGAGACGGCUGUGAGGAACUGGAGGGUUUAUGCUAGAGGGGGAAGCGAGAACUCUAAUUCACUGACCCCAAUAAUAACUUUAGCGAGCCUGGUAAUCUGAACAAGAAUAGUGAGGGCUCCGCCUCAAGCUUCGCACAGUUUGUACAGCUGGCGGCUCAGUGGGGUCGUGUGCAAUGCCAAAAGGAAAAAAAAAUUGAUCGUCAGAUUAUGAAUUCAAUUCCAAUUCUCUUUUCCGUUAGUUUUUGCCUAUUCUCACAAAUUUCCUUGAGCCAGCGGUACCCUGCAGAGAUCAUCCCAUUCCUUUCCCAGAAGGACUUUUCUCUAGGGUCUCCCUUUUUUCUUUAAACGCCUGUGGAAAAGAAGAUUUUUCUGUGGCUUACCUUCAGCAAUUUGACAACAUUUGUGGCCGCUUGGGACCAAAUUUUUAUCGUACCAUUUGACCCACCCAGUUCAGUAGAGAUGUUCUUAAGCAUUUGUUUUCAUACAUCCUUUGACAACAAUGAGGGAGAACUGCCCCACCCAAAUUCUUAAUAUAAACAAAUGUAAUUACACCUAAUUAAAUAGAGUACUUCGUUGUCAAGAGCUCAAGCACUUCAUAAAUUAUUAAAACACACUUAUUGAAAGUUCUUGUGUGUUUGUUUGGGGGGAGGGGAGUGGGUGCUUUGUGUUCUUUUACUCAACUCCAAAAUCAUAGGAGGCAAGUAAAACCAGUGUUUCCUCAUUUUAUACACAAGGGAAGUGGAGGUACAAAACCUAAGGGAGAAUGUUUUCCCUUCCUUCUUAGUAAUCAGGGAGCUCCGCAGUGUCUAGACUGUCCUCUAGUCUGUUAGGCGACAUCUCUUGUCUGGUAGCCAGCACUGACAUAGGACAGUAGGGGAAUGGUACAGAGUCACCGAGAGUGCUGUUAUUAAAAAGGUAUGUUUUACUUUUACUUGAGAUGGAUGCUUCAGGUUAACUCAAAAGAAAAAAACAACUGAGGGUAGGAGGAGAAAAGAGCCUUGAAGAACACAUUUGUAGGAAACCUUUUUUUAUAUCGGGCAAAGAAUGUAACACCUUAUUUACAUUCUAAUUCCAAAGUUUAGCUGUAUCUUUGUACACUAGGAAAUAAAACAUUUUGUGACCUAUUUAGAGAAUGGGAUGACAAACUUAAGUUGAUUGCCAUUUAGUGGUACUAGUACGCUACUCACAAAUACAAUUAAAGAAAAGUAAUAGAAAUAUGUUUGAAGGCAGACUAUAGUGGAAAAAAUUGAUUGCUCAGAAAUAUUUUGCAAGAAAGAGUUCAGGUGCUGAAGACACCAGUUGCACAGGAUAAAAUCAACUUAUUUAAAGUGUCUUAUUUCUAGAAGAAUCAACAACAUGAAGCAAACCAGAUUUCUCAAAUGUAUACCUCAACGUCCAACUGAAUACUUUUUUGUGGUAGGGACUAGAGUUGAAAUUUCAUUUUAGGCUAGCUUCCUGAAAACAUUUGUUCCUAUGCAUAAAGAUGUCUUUGGUGGACUUGGGGAAGAGGUUGCUAGAAGCAGCAAGAAAAGGCCAAGAUGAUGAAGUGAGGACCUUGAUGGCAAAUGGCGCCCCAUUCACCACAGACUGGCUUGGAACAUCACCCCUCCACCUUGCAGCCCAGUAUGGUCAUUAUUCCACAGCGGAAGUGCUCCUUCGAGCUGGAGUUAGCAGGGAUGCCCGGACCAAAGUGGACAGAACCCCCUUGCACAUGGCUGCAGCUGAUGGACAUGCGCACAUUGUGGAACUGCUUGUUAGGAAUGGUGCAGAUGUGAAUGCCAAGGACAUGCUGAAGAUGACAGCUUUGCACUGGGCCACAGAGCACCACCAUCGAGAUGUUGUAGAGCUGCUUAUCAAGUAUGGAGCUGAUGUCCAUGCUUUCAGCAAAUUUGAUAAAUCUGCCUUUGACAUAGCCCUGGAAAAAAACAAUGCCGAGAUACUGGUCAUUCUCCAGGAAGCAAUGCAGAAUCAGGUGAACGCCAAUCCUGAGAGAGCCAACCCUGUGACUAGCCCUGUGACUAUGGCUGCUCCAUUCAUCUUCACCUCCGGAGAAGUUGUAAACCUCGCUAGCCUUGUUUCUUCAGCCAAUACCAAAACAACCUCAGGUGACCCCCAUGCCUCAAGAGUACAGUUCUCAAAUUCUACCACCUCAGUGUUGGCCACUCUUGCAGCUCUUGCUGAGGCAUCAGCCCCCCUCUCCAACCCACCCAGAGCCACAGCCAAUUCAGAGGAGAUCCUAGAAGGAAAUUCUGUUGACUCAUCAAUCCAGCAAGUGGUGGGGAGUGGAGGCCAGAGGGUCAUCACCAUAGUGACAGAUGGAGUCCCUCUGGGUAAUCUCCAAACUGCAAUCCCUACUGGAGGCAUUGGCCAGCCAUUUAUUGUAACUAUGCAAGAUGGACAGCAAGUUCUAACUGUACCUGCUGGUCAGGUUGCAGAGGAGACUGUAAUUGAAGAGGAAGAAGAAGAAGCAGCAGAGAAUUUGCCACUGGCUAAGAAACCAAGGAUAGAAGAGAUGACAAACAGUGUGGAGGAAAGGAAGGAAGGCAGUGAAAGAGCACUACUACAGCAGCAGCUCCAGGAAGCCAAUCGAAGAGCUCAGGAAUACCGACACCAGCUCCUAAAGAAAGAGCAAGAGGCAGAACAGUACCGCCUCAAGCUGGAGGCCAUGGCCCGACAGCAGCCCAAUGGAGUUGAUAUCACCAUGGUUGAAGAGGUGGCUGAGGUAGACACUGUAGUAGUCACAGAGGGGGAGGUAGAAGGGAGAGGGACAGAAAUGACUGGGGCACCAGAGACCACGGAGCCUCACACUGGAGUUUCCAUGGGAACUGUUUCAUCCUAACAUACAAGGGCCACAACUUGCACUAUGUCCAUCUUUUUCACUUUUAAAGAAAAAAUACAGGGGACAAACAUUGUAUAAAAAUUAAGACUGUCCUUAAGAAGAAAACUAUAGCAGGGUACAAUGCUUAGGCUCAGGAAAGCUAUCUGUGCAACUGGAAAAUUGAAAGCCAAAUUUAGGGGACAUUUCUUCUGAGGGGCCAAAAGAAUAAGGACCAAAUUACUCAGCUCACAUCAUUACUUUCAGAAUAGAGGUAAAGGAAUGCUGGAUGUUAUGGGUUCAUUCGUUGUUUUUUAAGUAACUGACUUUGUAUCAAAAGAUUUUAAGAUAACAUUCCUAAUACAUACACACCCAGUGCCUUUAAUAAUUGUAACAUCAGGUGACCUGAAAAUUUGCCUUGGAUUUAUGAUAUAUGUAUCUGUUAGAGAAGAAAACUAAUUGGGAAAGGAUGUUAGAAGCCAGCUUUGGGAAAGAGAGAAGGAAAAUCACUGCCAAAGGAGCAAGCGCUCCCAACUAUCCUAAGUUAAUUUCAUUGAGAAGGAAUGUGUGCAGUUGCCUGGCAAAUUUGCAUCCACUGUAUGUCAUAGCUCAGAUUCCAGGUAAAGAAACUGAAACAGAGUUUUUAAAAACUGGAAGGGAAAGAAAACUUAUUUAUGUGGGAGAAGUGUAUCUAAAACCAAAAUCCUUCAGGCUGUGCUUCCACAAAGCUGGAAGGUGGCCUAGAAGAGGCUUAUGGGGUUAUGAAACAAUCUGGUCUUGAGAUACAAGCUUUAUUCUGGUUGGAUUUUGUAAAAUUGCAAACAGGAGGGUAGUCUGUUGUCGGAACAACUUACUUUCAGACAUUUAUGUACUAUCGAGCUCAAACUCUUUAAUUUUAUAAAACUGUUGAAUUUUAUAACUGUCACCUAGGACACGUGUGCCUUUCUGUGGAGCUUAGAUGUUAGCCUCUUAAAUGCAAAAAAAAAAAAAAGAGAGAGAAGAAGACAGAGACGAAUGCUGAGGGUAUCGGGUAGUUUUGUUUCUGCUGACUUGGGAUGAGUGUACUGUCCCACUGUCCUGCUUUCUUAAGCUUGGGCCUGGUGCAGAGCUCUGUGCCCGUAGGUGCUCAGUGAAUGUUGGCAAAGGGAAUAAGAACCAGCAGUGCCAUAAAGUAAGUAACCAAAGAUUCUGGCCAAGUACUUUGUCCCUGUUCUCCCUUCUUUCCCACUAUGCCUGCUGCCUCUGCCCAGAGACUUUUGAAAAGUGUUUCAUUGCUGGGUUUUCUUUCUGUGUCAGCAUGGAGUUUUCACAAAAGAAAGAAUAUGAUGGAGAGAGAGAAGUUGGAGGAGGCUUCAUUACAAGAGGUUAUUGCCUUUGAAAUUGGGCCCUCAUCGUUCUAGACUUGCUUGCUUGCUUUGUUGUAAAUUAGAAGUAGAAACCAGAGGGAGAUGUGCCAAGUAAACAUUUGAAUGACUGUUUAGAAAACGGUUUUCUUAACAGCGAUCAUGGGGAAAACAUGCAUUUUUAAUUUGGAAAAAAAAAAAAAAAUGACAGUUACCAUGGCUCCAUUUACCUUGAUUAACAAAGUAAUUUGCUGCAGUUUUC